UCCGCUUUGGAGCCUCUUGGGGUUGUGCAGCAGGCUUGAAACUUUUUCUUCUUUGGGACUGGCUGGUGGUAGAUCCACAAGGAAAACGCUACAUAUCCUGGAAACCAGGCAUGGAACUGUUGACAUUCAGAGAUGUGGCCAUUGAUUUUUCUUCAGAAGAAUGGGAAUGCCUGGACCCUGCAGAGCAGAAACUGUAUACAGAAGUGAUGCUAGAGAAUUACAGCAACCUGGUCUUCCUUGGUCUAAAUGUCUCUAAACCAAAACUGAUUGCCUUUCUGGAGCAAAAGAAAGAUGAUUGUAUUCUAAAGAGUAAAGGGACAGCAGCCAUUCAUCCAGGUAUGACUUCUUCUCCUAACCAAGGAUUUUCAUCGGAGAGAGAGGUACAUUAUUCCUUCCAUAAAGUGGCAAAUCAAAGAAACAAAAAUUGUGGGCACAGAAAUUCACAGCUUAAAAAAGAAUGGAAAUUUGUUCAUAAGUAUGAAGAUGCAAAAUCAUUUUGUAAUGGACAUAACCAGUGGGGAACAGCAAGAAGCAACAGAAACUUCACUGUUGACAGUGACCAAAAAUGUGUAACAUCUACAAAAAUACCUGAAUUUAUUCCACUUAUUUGCAGUGAUCCAUAUGAUUCCCUAAGUAAACAUUCACAUCAAAUUAUGAAAGAUAACUUUUCUUGCAAAGAAAAUUUUAAAGAGCUAAACAUGUGUUUAGUCUGUGAUUCACUCAGUUACUUGAAAAAAUUCAAAUUCUUUGAUGUUGGAUUACAUUUUCUUUCAAAUAUUUCUGUAGACAAAAGACUUAACAAAGACAAACACAAUUCUAGAUGUGAUCAUUUAGAGAUUCCCUCUAUGAGAAAUACAUUAUGUUUUGAUCACGAAAUAGAUCUUUCUUCUACCACAAUAAAUCAUUUUGACAAAUACGGAAUAUUACUUGCUCAUCCAUCAAUGCUUAAUCAAAAUCCAGAUACAGAUAUUUGGAAAACUCUUAAUAAACAUAAUGAACAAGAGAAGGUCUUUAGUAAAGGCUCUAGCCAACAAAAUUACCAGGAUAUUUAUAGUGGACAGAAAAUUUGUGACUGUAAUAAAAUUCAUGAAAACUUUGCACCUGGCUCAAAUUCUAGUAAACAUCAGUAUAUUAAUUUUCUGCAGAAUAUUUAUAAAUGUGAGAAAUGUGGAGAAGUCUUUGAUCAGUACUCAAAACUUGCUGUCCCUCAAUGUAUCCAUAUUCAACACCAGACAGCAGAUACUGUAGAUGAGCAUUUCAGAUGUAGAGGCUGUGACAAAGUCCUUUCCAAAACUUCAGCUUUUACUCAACACCAGAAUAUUGAAACUGAAGAGAAACCCUACAUAUAUACUUAUUAUUGCAGAGAUUUUAAUCAAAAUGCAACUCCUAUUCAACACAAGAAAAUUAAGCGAAGAGAGAGUCCUUACAAAUGUAAAAUUUGUGGCAGAACCUUUAGAUUUUGCUCAACUCUUACUCAACACCAGUUAAUUCAUACGGGAGAGAAACCCUACAAAUGUAAAGAAUGUAACAAAGCCUUUAAUCAAAGUUCUAAUCUUACCCGACAUCAGAGAAUCCAUACUGCAGAUAAACCCUAUGAAUGUAAAGAGUGUGGCAAAUUCUUUAAAUAUCGCUCAACUCUCACUGAACAUCUGCGAAUUCAUGCUGGAGAGAAGCCCUUUAAAUGUAAAGAAUGUAGGAAAGCCUUUCAUCAAAGCUCAAAUCUUACUAGACACCAGAGAAUUCAUACUGGAGAGAAACCCUACAAAUGUAAAGAAUGUGGCAAAGCAUUUGCUGGAAGUUCAAAUCUUACUUUACAUGCAAGAAGACACACUGGAGAGAGACCUUACAAAUGUGAAGAAUGUGGCAAAGCAUUUCAUCAAAGCUCAGCCUUUGCUCAACACCAAAGAACUCAUACUAAAAAGAAACCACACAAAUGUAAAUACUAUGACAAAGUUUUUGAUAGAAGCUCUACAGUUACUGAACGCCAGAUAAUUCAUACUAGAAAGAAACCAUACAAUGAAAAGAAUGUGGCAAAUCCUUUGAAUGAACCUCACAUCUUACUCAGAACCCAAUAAUAUGUUGGAGAAAAAAUCUACAAAUUUAAAAAAAAAAAAAAAAUGUGGCAUAUAAUCAGAUCAAAGCUUAACCCUUAUGGAACACUAAAGAAUUUAUAGAAGAGAGAAGCCUUAAAAAUGUAAUGUCACAAAGCAUUUACCCAGGAUUCAAAUCUGAGACAACAUCACCUUAUUCCUGUUGGAUAAAAAUCUCAUCAAGUUAAAACUCUUUCUUUCUGAAAAAUUUACACUGUAAAGAAAACCUCAAAUGUAAAGAUUAUAUCAGAUUAUUUCAUCAAAAUUUAAAGCUUUUUGUACUCCUUGUCUGUUAAAUAGUCUCAGAUUUGAAAACUGGGUAACAAAACACUUGGAAAUUGGUCAUUGUAUCAUAAAAUCUGAUUUUGGCCAAUUAUUAAAGUGGUUUUUUAAAAAGAACAUGUAAAUUUUGAGUUACUGUCUUUAAAUUUUUUA